AUGGCAUCGGCAAAGAAGUCUCGUCGCCGACGCUGCGGUGCCCGUCGGCAACCGGUUCCUGUGCUGGGUCGCGUCGACUACGGCACCACCGGUUUCAUCGUGUGCGAUAUGGCGGAGGAGGAGAUCCCCAAGCUACGGUACGUGCCGCUGCCGGCAACGCAGCACGAUGGCUACUGCGGCCACUACCCCGACGAGACGCGGGCUUACUGCACCCUAGGCGCCGCCGGUCCCGACGCGGUGAGGUUCGUCGGCGUGAGUCCUCCCCGCUGCUGCUUGGGCGACUUCCCAGGCAAGACGUCGUGCGAGGGUUCCAGUUCCUCCUUCAAUGUUACGACAUGGACAAUGACCCUGAGCACGGAGGAGGCGACGACGUGGGUGAAGGACGUUGUGCUCUACUGCGACGAGAUCUGGAAGUGGCGGCUCCCGAACUACGGGUGCCUCCCACGUGAUAAGCACCCGGAGUACCCCAUGGUGAGCUCUGAUGACCCGGACGUGAUCUAUUUCAAGGUGGAAGACGACCCGGACGUGAUCUGUUUCAAGGUGGAAGUCAUGGCGGUAGAGAUCAACACGAGGACCAAGAAGCUGUUGUCUGUCGUCCCCAGCGGCACCAGAGAUCUACUCGAGGAUGAAGAGUCAUCUCGUUUAAUAACGGCUAAACUGCGUUGGUAA